AUGGAGCCACCACAUUUUGGCUCAUACCGGGUGAUGGCAUCCAUGUACCAGGGAAUGGGGAAUCACAUGAAGGCAAUCGAUUACCUCACGCACGCACUCGGCAAAGAUCAGAAUGAGCAGAAACUGGAGUGCUUUUACCUGCGCGCUGCUUGCCACCAUGCGCUGGGCUUCCACAAGAAGGCUGUCCAGGACUACCUGCGCUGCAUAGAGUAUGAGAAGACGGUGUCCAGAGAAGACCCUGUGGAACGACACCAGCUGUUGGUUGUGUCUUUCUUCCAGAAGGAAAUGGCACUCUACACCCGUCACAGGCUGGACAUCCCUGUGGACACCUUCUGCCCAGACAUAGAGCUCAAUCCCAUCUUCAAGGAACUGUGGUGCAAGAAACUUGGCCCCUCCCAGGAGCUCAUCGGCUCAUAUGCCAUGCAGCCCACGGCCAUCGAGGAUCCCAGCCCGAUGCCCCCUCGGCAGACUGCCAAGGAGCUGUCCCCUCUUCUAUCAGCGGCCGACUUGGUGGGUUCCCUGCUGCAGAAUGACUACCAGGGCUUUCUGCCAAACAAGCGGCAGCAGAGGGCGGCUGGUUGUGCCGCCCUGGAGCUGGCGCAGGCUGUUCAGGACGUCCUGGCGGCAAAGAGGGAGGGGAAGAUCCACACGGUGGACUCGAUGGGGGCCAGCGGUGGCAUGGGCAAGGCUGGCCGAAAGGAAUUCAGCUGGCGGGAGGCGAUGGACAUCAUUGUGAAGUGGCGGCAGCUGUCGGAGCCUAAUGACCAGGUUGUGUGGGUGGAUCUUCUCACUCCAUCAGAAUUUGAGGCCGGCUUUGGUUCGCACACACCCAUGUUCAGUGGGCAGACCAAGUGUGUGAGGUAUUACAUGAAUUUCUCCCGUGCCCUACAAAAGCACAAGGAAGUACUCCUGAAGGAUGGAAAGGCAUACAAUGCUUCCAAUGAUGCCCUUCCUGUUGACAAACCUGAGCAGCAGGAAGCCAUCAGGAAGGCAAAGACUGCAAGUGAUAUGUACAAAGUGAUCAAGGAAGACUCGUGGGUUGUGGUGCCCAUUGCGAGCAUGGUCGAUGUGGGCAAGAUGAUAGAGGGGACAAGGUUGACUCUGGUCAAGGUGCCUAACCAGCCAGACGCUUAUGAGUUUUCGAUACGGACUCCUGUGAGGCCUCCACGAUGGAAGGAGUUCGAAGCAGAGCUGAAGAAGGCCUGGGAUGAGAUCAUCGAUGCCAUGAUGGGAGGUGACCCUCAGAUUGUGGCAAAGCGGAUCUUGGUGUACACUUACUACUGGUACAAUUUCAUGCCCCUUGCAAGGGGCACGGCUGCGGCUGGCUACACCUUCAUGCUGGCUCUGUUCUGGGCGGCGGGCAUGCCUGUUAGGAUGUCAAUCCCAACUAACUACCAGGUUGACUGGGAGGCCAUCCUGGAACAGCACCCAGACAUUUUUGUGGCAGAGCUCAGCCAGUGGUUCGUGCCCAAGGAGGGCCGUCCUGAGGAGUACAAGGAGUCCAGCAGAAAGGGGUCCAAGGAGGUGGCGAAGGAAAUUGUGGCACCAGGUGCUGUUCCCAAGGUUGGCUGCGUCCUCAACACAAUGAGGCGGCGGCUGGAGGCAUUGAACGGCCCAGAAAUCGCGAGGAUCUGA